AUGGAAGUCACUGGUGACUUGAGAAAGGCAACCUCCUUUGGUGUGAAGGGCACAAAAGCAUCAUGGAGGUCGAAGUGGAAAGUGAUGAUGUCGAAACAGUUGAUUAUCGUUCACAUUUUACGAGUGAAGAAACCGAGGCUUAGAAUGGUUAACUAUCUCAUCCAAGGGCAAAGCCGGUGGGGUCAGAUCCUGGUCCCGGUAAAUGACAUUUCUCUAGUCCAAUCAGACUUAGGAACUGUUUCUAAAAAAGGGAUUGCGGCAAGAAAAAAUACAAAGAUGUUUGCUACAAAUGUUCUAUUUGAGGUGUCUGACAUACAGCUGAAGACUUUAAGUGACAAGUCAAGAGAAGCUAAAGUAAAAAGCAAACCAAGGACUGUUCCAUGUUCGCCAAAGUACUCUGCUGGUCUAGAAUUACUUAGCAGGUAUGAAGAUACGUGGGCUGCACUUCACAGAAGAGCCAAGGAAUGUGCAAGUGCUGGAGAGCUGGUGGACAGCGAGGUGGUUAUGCUUUCAGCACACUGGGAAAAGAAGAGGACGAGCCUCGUCGAAUUACAGGAGCAGCUCCAACAGCUUCCCGGCUUAUUAGCAGAUUUAGAAUCCAUGACAGCAAAUCUGACUCACUUAGAGGCUAGCUUUGAGGAAGUCGAAAGCCACCUGUUGAAUCUGGAGGAUUUAUGUGGACAGUGUGAAUUAGAAAGAUACAAACAUAUGCAGUCCCAACAAUUGGAAAAUUACAAGAAAAAUAAGAGGAAGGAACUCGAAACCUUCAAAGGUAAUUUUGUGUUUAAUUCUUCACUUUAA